AUGCCAUCCUUCUACGCCCCUAGCCUGCAGGGCCUUCCUCCGACACCGCCUCACAUCGUGAGUGGUGGCCGCAUGGAGCACGAGCAACCUUUCUACGUUCUGGGCCCCUCCGCUGCAUUCCCGCCUCGGUACUCCCAGAACGGCUGCGAGUUCAUCGAGCAGUAUUCUCAGGCCAAUUGCUAUUCCAAGUCGGCUGUCAACAUGAACGCUCAAUCCCGCGUCGGAGCACGCAACGGCCGCGAAAUGAACGCCGCCCACUCCGCGAUGAACCUGCCCAUGUACGGCGCCAUGGCCACCGCCAAUGUUCUACCGCCGCUCCGCAACAACGUCCAGCUCCCCCCGAUGGACAACGGCAUCGCGCCCCAGUACCGUCGCCAGGACAUGAUGGUGCAAGAGCAACCGCGCAAGGAGGAAAAGGCUACUGGAGGCGUUGCGGCGCACUUGGACUAUGAGAUGGACCAGAUGUCCGACUACGUGGCUGAAAUGGCCCAGGGAAUGUAUGCUUUGUACAUCACCAAGAUCAACCUAGCAGAUAUUGACUUAGCGCGAAGCGUCUACCCAGGAUCGUCGGUCACCCCCCAAUUCCGAAAAUACGUUUACCAGAUCUUGUCGUCGACUCGGCUCCCGAGCUCGACCAUUCUCUUGGGUCUCUACUACCUCGCGAGUCGGAUGCGCAUGCUCUCUUCGGCCAAGGUGUUCCACUCUGGAAGUGGCCAGGUCUACCGGAUGCUCACUAUUGCUCUCCUCCUGGGAAGCAAGUUUUUGGAUGACAACACCUUCCAGAACAAGUCGUGGGCCGAGGUUAGCAACAUUCCGGUUGCCGAGUUGAACUCGAUGGAGUUGGACUGGCUCUUCGCUUUCGAGUGGAAGAUCCACGAGCGCAUCCACGACAAGCAGGAUGGCUUUGCUACAUGGCUCAAGCACUGGGAGAACUGGCGUGCCAAGACGGUCGCCCGUGCCCAGGAGUCUCGCCACGCUCUGGCACCCAUCGACACGAACGUCCCCCGGCCCCAUCGCGUCUCCAAGCCGCUGCUCUCCCCCGAAGGUCCCAUCCCUCCGCAGUACCAGCGCAGUUCUACCUUCGAAAAUUCGUGGCUCAACCCCACCGCCUCUGAAUACUCGCCCCCUUCUGCGCCGCACAGCGGCCCCAACACGCCGGACUACUUUGCUGUUGGGCCCUGGGCGUACACUAACCCCCCUCCGCCGUACACGCGUACCUGGGUGCCCACCCCACAGCAGUACAUUCCUACAGCGCCUCCGUCACAGCCGCCGUCGUACCAUCACACUCCGGCCUACGCUCUGCCUUUCGCGCAAAGUGUGUGGACUGGCCAUGGCUCGUCGUGUGGCUGUCUCUAUUGCAUUAAGCCUGCGGAGCACUACAUGUGCGCCAAUCCCUUUGGCUCGAUGCAACCGAUUGUCGCUUAG